CUUACUGGAAGUAAAACACAGUGCAUGGCCAUGGAUCAAACCUCUCUUGGAGUGAGCUUGCAGUUCAGCAGAGAUACAGUGAAGAUCUACAGCAGGAAGGUGAUGGAGUUCAGCAGCUGUUCACACUUGAGCCAACAGUCAGACCACUGUAAGGCAGCGGACACUCUGAGGGUCAACAUUAACGGUAAUGUUUUCGCUGUGGAUAAAACCAUUGUAGCUAACAACUGUGAGUACUUCAGAGCAUUGUUCCAGUCAGGAAUGAGAGACUGCAGACAGGAGGAGGUCCAGCUGCAAUGUGUGGGCAUUCUGGGGUUUGUAGUCUUGCUGCAGGUUCUGGAUGGGAAACAGCCCAUGCUUAACAGUGAUCAGCUCGUGGAAGCAAUUGAGUGCACAGCUUUUCUACAGGUGCCAGCUCUCACAAAGCAUUUGAUCAAUAUUAUCAAUUCUGAAAACUGCUUACUCAUGUACCACACAGCUGCAACCUAUGGAGUGUGGGACCUGUCCCACAGUUCAGCCUUAUUCAUCAGAGACAUGUACACUGACCUGAGGGAGGAUAUUCACACCUUACCCUGCAACUUGAUAGAUUACAUUGAGUCUCUUCUCCCAAGUAGCUACAUGGCAAUGUGCAGCCACUCUCCAUCCACGGAGCUGCUGCCAGAUGUACAGAGGACAGUCUGCUACCUGGAUGAAGAACACAAACAGUGGAGGGUCCUGACACAUCUACCUGUGUGCACCAGCACCACAAUGGCAGGUGUGGCCGUCCUUGACAACAAACUGUACAUUAUUGGAGGAGUGCAUGAUGUAAGUAAGAAGGUGGUAGAGAAUGGAUUCUGUUACAACCCUGCAGCUAACUCAUGGUCAACCAUCUGUGGCCCCCAGCAGUUACGUUACAAUUUCACUCUGAUUGGUCAUGAGGGCUGCUUGUAUGCUGUAGGAGGGGAGUACAACAUGAUAACCCUAUCAUCUGUGGAGAGAUAUGGGCUGUUUGAUAGGAACUGGAGCUUUGUCUCUCCCCUCCCCUCCCCUGCAGCCUCAGUGGUGUCUGCUGUAGCCAUGAACAGGAUCUUUAUAUGUCUCUGGAGAGGGCAGGGGGCCACAGAUAUACAUGAGUAUGUGCCUGAACAAGGCCGGUGGCUACUGGUCACUACGCUCAUACGCCAACACAGUUAUGGUAUUUAUAUGGUGGCCCAUAAGGAUAAUUUGUAUGUGUUGCGCAAUGGACCUUGUGAUGACUUCUUACUGUGUUUAAUGGACUGUUACAAUCUGAGCUCAGGUCAGUGGACGGCCAUGUCUGGUCAGUAUGGGAACAACAAAGGCUCUCUAUUAACUGCUGUGGUCAGAGGAGACUCUGUGUUCACUCUCAGCAGACGUGUGACCACGGAAUACACCAUCGAGACUUACAAGUGGAAACUGAAGCAUGAGAUGGAAGGUUUUGGAAGGAUUGGCUCCAUAUAUACAUUUCUGAUGAGGCUGCCUAAAGCCACCAUCUCCCUCAUCGGAAAUUAUCAAGAUGUAACUCAGGACCAAAAUCUCAGAGAGUUCAGUGUCUGUACCAGAAUUUCCCAGUAAUGCUCCUAUAAUCUGUGGCGACUUCUGUUCUUUAAACUGUCAUACUGGUUUACUGCUACAUGCACUUCAAUGUCAUUGUGUUGGAUGUGGUUCAAAGUUCAGAGAGAAAAAUCAGAGAAGUUUUAAAUAAAUUUCCAGGACAAAUAUAUCUGGAAAAUAAAUAAAAUUAUUACCCAAACCAAUUGCCUUGUCCAAUGGCUUGCUGUACUGUACUUUCUUAUACAAGGUGCAUAUGCUGUCCACACUGCAGCUGCUUCACUUAACAAUAUACCUCCAUAGCAGAGAUUUAAUCUAUCCAAAAUGUUAGCUUGUUUCUAAUCAUGAUCUAAUUCUGAUCAUCUGCCAGAUCAUACAUCUCACACUGUAGAUCACAGCAGCUGUUUGGUAACUGACAGAAAUGAUGUGAAAAUAAAGCCCAAGUUGUGAUAAACUAGAAUAAUCUAUUCAUGUGAUGUGAUGGGGUAAGGUAAACAUGUUCAGUUGAUGUUUGCCAAAGCUGUCUGUUUUUGGUAACCAGGUCCACAUGGACAUUGUUCCUGUUGUCACUGAAAGCAAUUGUUGGAUUCAUGCUGUUAACAUAAACAACAACAACAAAACACUGCCUUGGUGUAACUUCAUAUCACAGCUUUAAUAAAUCACACACAUAAAUCACAUUUACUACAGCUUAUCACAUUACUUUAGUUAUACAUAGAUAACAUGAGUUUGGUCAAGUGUGCUUUUGUAUUAAAAGAAAAUAUGAAUGUAAUAAACACUUUCAGAUAAGUCAUGAGUAAAAUGUUAUU